AAACAAAAAUCAGCUGAUUUUUUCGCUUAUUUACCAAAUACCAAUCUUUCGUCUACAUAGUAUCUAAUAAUUUAAACCGAUAACCGAAAUCAAAAGAAAUGUACACAGAAGUGGAUGUUUUUGUUAGUAAUUUUACACUUAUCGAUCCCGAAAUAUAUCAACUAUGGAUUGAUGGAUGUUCAUCCAGCGAAGCUGUUUCGACCCUGCACCAGAGGUCUAUUGCCAAGCAGACCGGGGCCACAGUAGAACUCAUUGCUAGCGAUGUGUUGGACCAUUACAGAACCUUUGCCCUACUUGAGCGACUCUUGACGGUUCCAUCAAAACUGUCAGAGCAAAUGAUCUUCCAAAUUGAUGAACCUACCAAACAAAUGCUCAUUGAAAAAUAUUAUGACUUAGAUGAUGCUGUAAUAAGAGAACUUUUGGGUCGCAAGCUGUCAUCACGUCACAGGAAAGACCUAGAUGAGGUGGCCGAGCGAUCAGGCGCCCCUCUGCGCUGCUGCCGGCGCCAGUUCGACAACGUGCGGCGCGUGUUCAAGGCGGUGGAGGAGAUGCCGGGGAACGUGGUCGCUAACAUCCGCUCCACGUUUCUGAUCUCCGAGCCGCUCGCCAAAAAAUACGGCGCGGUGGUGUUCAUAGCGUGCAUGCGGUUCGAAACGGCCAAGCGCAAACUACAGUAUUUGUCCUUCAACGACUUCUACCAUUGUGCACAAGCAAUAAUGGGCAGCUGGACGUACAGCUGUACGGGGCCGGAGUACUACGACACUGAGAUGGACCGCGAGUUUCUGCUGGAGCUUCGGGAGUUGAGGAUCCUGCUGGACAAGGAGAAGGAGCAUAAGCAUUUGAUAUGUAUGCGUCUGAAGCCAAAACUCCUCGAAAAGUCGUAUCAAGAACUGGAAUUGAAUUUCAGAUUGUACACACGCGCAUUGGUCGGCUUGGCGUGCAACUUGCAUCGCGGCAGAGAACUCAGAUCCCUGUUUAUUGACUUACUCGAGAGAUGUGUGGAGCCCCUGCGCCUAGGCAGCUGGCCCAAAACAGAUUUGGCUCAGUUCCUUUGCGCCUACGAGCAAUGCGCCCUGCAGAUGGAUGUACUCAGGGAGGCAGACUUGAAGAACGUGUGGGAGCGGUACAUGAGAGUGGUCAGCCAAUGCUUAUUGACUAUGUACCAUCUUUAGUUUAAUAAAUCUAUUUAUUGAGUGUUUA